AUGGCUCUGCAAGCUCUCUUCUCACCUUUCCUUGUCUCUACAACCCUCCUCUUCCCUCUUCAUUCAUCAAAAAUUCCUGUUACCCUUCGUAACUCUAAAUCUACUCGUUGUGUUGCAAAUGUUAUAACUGUUGAUGAUCACACAAUUACUAGACGAUCAGCAAAUUACCUGCAAAGUGUCUGGGACUAUGAUUUUGUUCAAUCACUUACUAGUGAUUACAACGAAGAGAAAUAUGUGAGACAAGUUGAUAAGCUAAAAGAUGACGUAAAGUGCCUCAUUAAUGGGGUGAUGGACCCGUUGGCUAAGCUUGAGUUGAUCGACGUUAUUCAAAGACUGGGAUUAAAGUAUCUAUUUGAGACCGAGAUCAAAAAAGCACUAGAUAUCAUAUAUAAAGAUAGUAAUAUUGCAUGGUUAAGUGAUGAUCUAUUUGCAAUAGCCCUCCGAUUUAGGCUCCUGAGACAACAUGGUUAUAAUGUACCCCAAGGUAAAUAUUUAACAGUUUAUUAA